GUCGUUUGACUGGUGGCCUGAUCUACCUUUACAACAUGGCUGCCAUUUUGUUUCACCUGAAAUGACUGAAUUACACGUUCUUAUCUUAUAACAUCAAUAAAUGACUCUCUUGGUAGCCGAAGAAUGUAUAACUGAAGAACAGUUUCCACAAUGAGGAUUGUUUUUUCAGUACUCCACAUUCUUUGUGGGAUAUAUAUUAGUUGUUGCCUACCCCAGGCAAAUCUACAUAACUUUAUUGAAAACAAGGAAAAACUAUGGAAUCCUGAAGAAGGUGAAAUAGUUACCAACAACAAUAAAGACGCUUGUUCCAGCAAACCCUGUCUUCAUGAUGGCCAAUGCUUUGUUGAUGAUAAUUAUAUAGAUGGUUAUUUCUGCAAGUGCCGGAAAGACUACAAAGGGGUAAAAUGUCAACAGUUGCAAUGUAGCAUAAGUCUUUUGAAAUACGCCUCGCGGCGAUGCCGCAGGAAGAGGCAAACUGACCAUAAAAAGCGACAGAAAGCAUUUUCAUUGAUAACUGCUGGGCAAUUCAUACGACGGAACAGAUUUACGUCGGUAUUAAUCCCACAAAUGUUGGUUCAUUCCUACAAAUCAUUCAUCAAAGAAGCGUCAACAAAUCCUUUUACCAUAGAAUGGUACAUGAAGAUGCAAGAUACCAUCAAUGCAAACUCAAACGCGCAUGCUCAUUUUACUCUACUGGAUAAGAAAUUUCAUAAUCAACCCACUCUUAAAGAUUUAUCGACGAUAUUUGAAUAUUUCUACAAACAACACAGGACGAAAAGUGCAAUGAGCGUUUUGAAACAAAAUCCGUCGGUUGAAGCAAAUUUCUUUAAAGACAGAGCAUUUGUUGACCAGCGUUUUGCCGGAGCGAAUGUUUGGCAAAUUUAUAAAGUAACGAGUCGCAAAGAUGGCAGAGGGCUUGACUGGGAGCUUCUUCAGAGUAAAUUAAACAAACAUUUUGACUGGAAUGCCGCGGUGAAUGGGAUUCUAGGGACUCAGAAUGAGCGAGCUAUUGAUAUGGCUGUUGAUGCAAACAAGCUGUUCGUAGCCUGGUAUCCAGAACUUGAAGACGUUGCUUUAAACAAUGUUCAAUUAAUAGACAAACGUUUAAUUAAUCAAACUACGAUUAAAUUUACUGCACCAAUUACAAUGUUCAUAAUGAAAGACAAUGGCGACAGUCAAGACUUGGAAACGGUUGCAAUACAAGUUGAUGCUAUUCCUGAAGCCAGAGUUUUUGUUCCUGCUGAUGGUAAACAAUGGUUCUUUGCGAAGUCUCUCGUACAAAGAGCUGAUUUUAAUGUUUUGCAGAUUGUCCACAAACGGUUGAAAAGUCAUCUUUUUAUGGAGCCAAUUUGUCUUCUCAUGGAGCGAAUAUUUUCUGAAUUUCAUCCAAUCUACGACAUGUUGCAAUAUCAUUGCCGCGCCACUCUGGAAACAAAUAAACUACAUCAAAUGAAGUUUUAUGGACCAACUGGACCACUUUAUAAUUUGCUAUCCGUGGACUAUUCCACAUCGGUAGAAAUAAUCAACAAAAAUUUUAAGGAUCUGACGAUGGAUAAUGUUGAUUUAGCGUCUGAUAUGAAGAAACGAGGUCUUGAUGAAGAGAAUAUUGUUCCGUAUUAUCCGUAUCGAGAUGAUGGGAAAUUGAUCAGUGAAUGCAUCAAAUCCUUUGUCAAUGGUUUUGUUGAUUUAUAUUACGUAACUGAAUCAGAUUUAAGAGAAGAUGAGGAGUUACAACAAUGGGCAGAUCUCUUGUCAGUUGAAGGAAAUCAAACAGCGUUAUCCCGAGGCAUGGUGAAGAGGUUUCCACAAAAAUUUGAAAACAAACAAAGCUUGAAAGACGUUCUUUCAAAACUAUUGUGGUUAUCAACUGGGUAUCAUGCUGCUGUGACCUUCCCUCAGUUGGAAUACGCUGGCUUCCUACCAAAUGCUCCUUAUAGACUUUUUGCUGACGAUGAAAAUAAUGAUAUCUUCUCAAAUCUUAUGUUUGGCAACAAAAACAAAGCUCUGGACCAGAUCGAAUUCACAUCAAAUAUUGCUUCGUCGCAUUUGGAUAAGUUAUUUGAUUAUGGUUCAAAACUCCAGGAUGAGAAGGCCAGAAACUUUGUGAAAAAUUUCGUGGCAACUGACUUAGUUAUGGUAACUAAAAAGAUGGCAUUUGCUAACGCUAUUCGCGUGAAAAGUGCACAUUUACCGUAUCCUUAUUUAUUGCCUGAUUUUAUAACUAAUAGCGUCGGCACGUGAGGCGAGGUUCCCCUUGCGGAUUUUGGCUCAUUUUUAUAAUCAUGCAUGCACCAAUGUCUAUGUCAAUGAAUUAUCAUGGCACCCUGGAAAGUCGUCGCGAUAUUAGGACGUGGAUAGCUACCUUAAUGGUUCAUUAUAUCUAAACUUGCUAAAUCUAUAAAUUUGAAACUAAUUAUUCAUCAGCCCGUUUAUACUUCAUUUAAAACCAUCGUUUUAUUAAUUGUAUUAUCGCUAGUAAUUUUUCAAAUUAUUAAAUGUAAAUAUGACAUAAUUGCGCGCGGCUUGAGUGAUCA